CGGACAGAAUUCUCCGGGUAAGGGAGUGAGAUGAUCAGAAGCAAUUCAGACUUGCUGCAGUUUAGGCUCCAGGCUCGGAAAGAGGUAUGCUAGUAGAACAAAACCGACGAGACUAUACCCACAGACACUAAAACUCCUUGUUUGAUAUUAUAAAUGAAAGAUGUCUCAGAUAAAGAAGGUUUCUUCAGUUUACAUUCAACUUGUUACUCCUGGGAGAAUCAACACUCCAAAGACGUACAACUCUGUUGAAGCCUCAAGGGCAGACAAGCGUCUACCGCAAAAUCCAGUGCUGACAGCACCCAAACCUGCAAGAAAUCCAUACAGCUAUGGAAAUAAAGGAAUGAAAGGCACAGAUCCAUCAGCUUAUAAUUCUGCUGAUGAAGAUUUUCCCCUGCCACCACCACCACCUGCACCAGAGCAGGCAAAAGAUGCAUUUUACUCCAAUGAGAUGCCUCUUCCUCCUCCACCUCUGCAAGCCUGUGAAGAACGAGUCCCAUCCUUAACUGAUUCCAAACAAAGCAGGCUGCUGAAAUCAAAUGUUGGAAUAAGUCCAAAGCAGCAGGAAUUUUCCCCGCCUUCCAAACCUGCAAGAUUUGACCAGAAAGAUUCCCUGACUCAAAUAAUGAAUGACAAGUUGAAUGGAUUACCAGAUUCGGGGCAAGAUAUCUGUGCAUUUUGCAACCGGCUUAUUCCACCAACAAUACCAGUCGUUGAAGCCAUGGGCAAAAUAUUCCAUGAGGAUUGCUUGAAAUGUAGAAAAUGUCAGUGCAAACUGGUGGGAAAAAUCUAUUACAAUUUGGAUGACAACCCUCACUGUGACUCCUGCUACCGGGACACCGUGGAGAAAUGUGAAAAAUGCAGAAAACCAAUAAUGGAUCAGAUUACAAGAGCCAUGGACAAGGCUUUCCAUUCUGAGUGCUUCAGAUGUGUUGUCUGUAACCGGCUCAUUGGAAGUGAACGUUUUGGACUGAACCAGGAUAAGGAGAUUUACUGCCUCGAAGAUUUCCAGAGGCGAUAUGCCCCACAAUGUUCUGUAUGUGAAAAGCCAAUUAUACCAGAAACUGCAAAGGAGGAGUGCCUCAACAUUGAACUAUUUGGGCGCCACUUUCAUGUCAAUUGCUACAGAUGUGAGAAAUGUGGAUUUCUUUUAUCUCCUGAUGCAACCGAAGAAGGGUGCUUUCCACUGAAUAAGCACAUACUUUGCAAGACUUGCUAUUUGCAGAGCACGAGCUCCACUACCUGAAGAUUCUGGACUAUUAGCCCCAAUUUUAUUUUUGUGAACUGCCAAAUAACUUCAAUCAAAUUUAUUAUGGUAUGGUUCACCAUUUUCAGUUACACUUAAUAACAUCUAUGAAUGAUCAUUUUGAUAGGUUUAGUUUAUUGUAAAAAUUUGCUCAAGGCCCAUUCAUAUUAAGCAAUGCAAAACUAAAAUUUUAGGGUUGGAUCCUAAUAUAUAAUGAUCUUAAUUGGCAUCUGCUAUAGCAGCUUUAUAAUUAUGAUCACUGCGCUUGUACUAGGGUAAACAACUAAAUUAACCAAGGCUUCCACUCCUGAACUAUAAACAGCAACUUCUAUUGAAAACACUCAAACAAUGGGUCUGCUUGUAAAUUUUUGUAAGACCGAGCCUACUACCAUCUUGGCUUGCAUAUGAAGAAUGGUUACUUGGCAAAGUACUGAAGACAACUGGUGCCCACCUGAUUCUCUCAGAAGAUUAAGUGUUCUUAAUUAUAUAAAAUCACCAUUGUCAAAAGGAUUCAGUUUAGUAUUUCUAAUAUCUACUAUGCUACUUCUGGAAUUCUUUUCACAAAUUGAAGUGCAAUUCUCAUUCUCUUCAUUGAAAAGAGAUUCUGUACAAACUGCUAAUGCUUUAACAAGUUUAUUUAAAAAAUGUUCUUCCACAGCAAUAGAAAUGGACCAACCUCUGAUUCUGCUUCUAUUGACAAAGCAAGAUGAGACGAUGUCGUUUAAACUAAUAAAAGGGAUGAUCUAUUUAAAGCUUAAA